AUGAAUGCGCCUUGCCUCUGGACUGAGGACAUAGCGAAUCUUAGUGGAGUAGCUGGCGAACCAAAGGGCUCCAAUUAUUUGAUGCAGUCGGACAACCCAUUCAGCAAGAAACUCCAAGCGUUAAAGGGGCCCAUGGGACCUCCAAACGCCAACGUGCAGGGAACGCCAGCCAUGCCCAAGAUGGGCGUCCGCGCGAGGGUGUCGGACUGGCCCCAGCGAAUGGACGGCUGGGAGUCACAGCCGCCCCGCUAUGACAGCCUGGUGCCGACCUUCCAGAAUGGUCCGUCAAAACUUACCACAGAGGCCAUCCUCCAAAAGAGCCAGGAGUUGCUCAGUACCGAGUUCCCAGAGACCAGGUAUCCGCUGUGCGACCUCCUGAGCCACUCCCCCAUGAAGGGCUUCCCCGGGAUCAAGAGGAGCAACAGCGAGGUCACCAUUAGCGACAUCUGCGCCGAGGACUUGGAUCACACCAUCAUCAACCCCAACACUGGGGCCACCUUGCGCCGUGAGUAUGGGAGCACGUCCUCUCUCGACAAGCAGGGUCUUUCCGGCGCCAGCGAAGGCUUUGUGGGCAACCUGAGAGGCUACCAUGUGGAGGACUGCUCUGACCAACCCAGUGCGCCGGCUCCACAGAGUUUCCCGGAGCUGCUGCGUCUCAACACCACCCUGUCGCCCAGCCUACAGACGGCUGCCCAGAUCGCGCGAGGUGACAUUGUCUGCAUCCCAGGCUACGACUACGUGGACAGCUCCCUGCUCUACAGCCGUGAGCGGGAGAGGUCCUUCAUCCAACGCAUGAAGGCGGAGAAGGCCGAUACCUCCAUCUUCCGGAGGCUGCGGAACGUGAAGAGUGAGGGCGAGUGCCUGGACCAGGAGGACGGAGGGCGCUUCGGAAGGCCCCUGAGCUUCCAGAAGUGCUUCGCCCACUAUGACGUGCAGAGUGUCCUCUUCAACAUCAGCGAGGCGGUGGCCAACCGUGCCGACCUGGGUCGAAGGAAGAACACUACCACAGGGGCGUCGGCCGCCUCUCAGUGCCAGGCCCCGGCUUCUGGGUUGGGAGACAGUGCGACGCCCAUGCCCUUCUGUGAGUCGCCCGUAGACAGCUGCGAGGACCUGGGCCACAAGGCCAGCAUAGACACAGAUGAGGGUGAUGGGAAGAGCAAUACCCUGGUACUCAGCUGCCCGUACUUCCGUAACGAGACCGGUGGCGAGGGCGAGAGGAAGGUGGCCCUGAGCAAAGCCAGCAGCGCCAGCUAUGGGAGCGGAGACUAUGCUCCUAACUAUGGGGGUGGAGGACAAGGCUACUCUGUGGAAUCAUCGCUCAGCACCCGGUGCACCAACACAGGAGUGUCGGUGCUCGAGGUGCCAAGGGAGAGCCAGGCCUUCCACAGGGACAUGUACAAGCGCUACAUAAUCGAACACAUCGACCAGGGGGCCUACUACUACCACAAGUACUUUUACAAUAAAGGUAAGAGAGGCAUUGACUACCUACCUAAUACUAAAUUGUUUCCUUAUUAUAAAGUACUCUAGCAACUUAAAGAGAGCGCCGGUUUUUCAUGUUCAUUUGCCAUGUGCUUUGUUGUGUUUACAAAUGCACAAUGUUAGCAAACGCCAUAGAAUCUGGUCAUGUGUAGCUAAAUGUGAGCAUUGCUGAAAAUCUAUGAUCUGCUCAUUGAAUGAGGAAAUAAUUUACAUAAGUAUUCAGACCCUUUACUCAGUACUUUGUUGAAGCACUUUUUGGCAGCGAUUACAUCAUCGAGUCCUUGGUACACCUGUAUUUGGGGAGUUACUCCCAUUUCUUCCCUGCAGAUCAUCUCAAGCUCUCUCAGGUUGGAUGGGGAGCGUUGCUGCACAGCUUUUUUCAGGUCUCUCCAGAGAUGUUCGAUCGGGUUCAAGUCCGGGCUCUGGCUGGGCCACUCAAGGACAUUCAGAGACUUGUCUCGAAGCCACUCCUGCAUUGUCUUGGCUGUGUGUUUAGGGUCGUUGUUCUGUUUGAAGGUGAACCUUCGCCCCAGUCUGAGGUCUUGAGUGCUCUGGAACAGGUUUUCAUCAAGGAUCUCUCUGUACUUUACUCCGUUCAUCUUUCCCUCGAUCCUGUCUAGUCUCACAUUCCCUGCCGCUGAUAAACAUCCCCACAGAAUGAUGCUGCCUCCACCAUACUUAACCGUAGGGAUGGUUCCAGGUUUCCUCCAGAUGUGAUGCUUGGCAUUCAGGCCAAAGAGUUCAAUCUUGGUUUCAUCAGAACAGAGAAUCUUGUUUCUCAUGGUCUGAGAGUCCUUUAGGUGCCUUUUGGUAAACUCCAAGCGGGCUGUCAUGUGCCUUUUACUAAGGAGUGGCUUCCAUCUGGCCACUCUCCCAUAAAGGCCUGAUUUGGUGGAGUUCUGCAGAGAUGGUUGUCCUUCUGGAAGGUUCUCCCGUCUCCACAGAGCAACUCUGGAGCUCUGUCAAAGUGACCAGCGGGUUCUAGGUCACCUCCCUGACCAAGGCCCUUCUCCCCCGAUUGCUCAGUUUGGCCAGGUGGCCAGCUUUAGGAAGAGUCUUGGUGGUACCAAACUUCUUCCAUUUAAGAAUGAUGGAGGCCACUGUGUUCUUGGGGACCUUCAAUGCUGCAGAAAUGCUUUGGUACCCUUCCCCAGAUCUGUGUCUUGACACAAUCCUGUCUCGGAGCUCUAUGGACAUUUUCUUUCGACCUCAUGGCUUGGUUUUUGCUCUGACAUGCACUGUCAACUGUGGGACCUUAUAUAGACAGGUGUGUGCCUUUCCAAAUCAUGUCCAAUCAGUAGAAUUUACCACAGGUGGACUCCAAGUUGUAGAAACAUCUCAAGGAUGAUCAAUGUAAACAGGAUGCACCGUAGCUCAAUUUCGUGUCUCAUAGCAAAGGCGCUGAAUACUCAUGUAAAUAAGGUAUUUCUGUUUGGAAUUUUUAAUGAAUUUGCAAACAUUUCUAAAAACCUGUUUUCGCUUCGUUAUUAUGGUGUAUUUUGUUUAGAUUGCUAAGGAUUUUUUUUCCAAAUCAAUUUUAGAAUAAGGCAGUAACAAAAUGUGGAAAAGGUCAAGUGUCUGAAUAUUUUCUGAAGGCACUGUGUGUAUAUAUAUAGUGUACUUUAAGAUGACUAAAACUAAAUCGCAACUGUGUAGAAAUGUUAAUGGACCUACAUUUAUAAAAUUUCUUGACUGUGUCCAGUUCGGUAAUGAUCAUACAAAUUAAAUCUAGACAGUCAGGGAGUAUCGAAAAUUUCAGGAAAACUUUUUUGCGCUUUUUUGACAUGAAGAAAUAAAACACAUUUUCAGUGCGGCCUGCCAGACCGCAUUGAAGUCCGAAUGAGGCCCCCGGGGAAAAAUUCAUUUGACACCCCUGGUCUAGGGAGUGAUGAAAAACAGUCGCCCUACCUCUCACCUUUUAAUACUUUCUGCUUUUCACUUAUGUUUGUUAUGCGUUUCAUCCUAGGGAUGAAUUUAAUUAAACACGUAUUGCAGUUAAUGGAACUACAAAGACUAUGGUUUUUCUGCAGGUUUUGGGCUGUGCUGGUUUCAGUCAGUGCAGGGUUUUAUUGAAGUGAGCUUGUAGUUACAUGUCUUUUGCAACCCUACAAGGUCAUAUGCCUACAUGUCAAUUAAUCAGUAAAGGGACCAUUACUACAUGAAAAUGUAUCCGUCUACUCAUUGAUUAAUUGAUACAUUAGGUCUAGGGUCUCUUUAUGGGUUAGCAAUGUCAGUGGGUCCAUCUAUUUGGUGAAUUUGAUGUAUUUUUCUGGAUUUGCUAAUGUUAUAAUCUAUGAUGUGUAGGCCCUAUUCAUGGAGUUUAAGGAAUGCAAAGGAAUGUCCAAUCAUGUCUGUUUUUACCUUUGACCUGUAAGCCAGAGUGCCUAAACCACAUUUUAAUUUUCAUGUGAAUUGAAUGGAAAAUAAAGAUUUCGUAUGUUAUCAUAAUCCAAACCACAGCUAACGUUUGUGUUGUACCGUCAUUUACCAUUUACCCUCAGAUCACCAGAACUACUUUGGCACGGAUGAAAACUUGGGCCCCGUGGCGGUCAGUAUCCGCCGGGAAAAGCUGGAUGAGGGAAAGGAGGGAGCACAGUACAACUACCGGGUCACCUUCCGGACCAGCGAGGUAAAUAAUCGAAAAGGGUAUAUGUCGCUUAAGGCUGAGGGUGUCCUAAAAUGUAUGCUGUACACAGGUUCUUACUGUGUACUCUCACGUUGCUUACCAUUCAGCAGGCAAAAUGAAUUCUGAAGUGGUAGAAUAUUGUCAUACCUUCAUACAUAAUCAAUAAUCAAUUAAUUAUAUCACAACAAAUGGUGUGAAAUAGAAAAUACCUCUAGAUUGAAUUCAAACUAAACCAAGUACUUCCACAGAACCAGAACCCCCCCCCAUUUAAAAUUCAACUCUGUAGAUAAUCGUAACAUAACCAAAAGGUACAUCUGUGAUGAUACACAGUGGACUAGAUAAGCAGACAUUUUGUAUUAGCAUACCAAGGGGACAUUAAACAACUUUUAAUCCGGCAAGUUAAUGGAAGUUAAGCUCUUAAAGGGAAAGUUUGAUCCCACGGUAUGUUAGUUCUCCCAUGAGAUACUGUAAGUGGGGAGUUCGUGGUUGCACUUCUUAUGACACGCUAAUGCUAAUCUAUUUAGUUUUACUAAAAGCUAAUUCCCUAUGCAACUUAAACUUCUCUCUCCCAGUUCACUGGGUUAACUGCGUGCAGCAUAAAUUGAAGCUCUUUGGGGAGGCACUCUCUUUUCUUCACUAGUAUCCUAGUUUACUAUUCCAUAUAUCACCCACGUUUCUUAUAUAAUACAGUAAUUUGUCUUUUACAUUUUCUUCUUGAUGUAGUUGACUUUAUAUUAUUCAUAAUUUGUAUGCAUUUUCCAUUACAAAAACAGAAUACUUCUUUAAUAACAACAUCAUAGCUACAUUACUUAAGACAGCCCAACACUUCGAUGAUUCCCACUCACUGAAUGUGUUAAAAACAUUAUUUUGGAUCAUGUUGCUCUUGAAAAAUGGGUGCAGAAAAGAUUCUGACAUCCGCACAAAAUUUGGGAACCCUUUAUUACAACUUUCACGAAUGAGCCUUUAUAAAUGCUUACACUUUAUUAAUAACUUUCAAUGUUGUAAUUAAAUGCUUAUGAAUUGUAAUGAUUGUAAUGCCUAUAAGUGCUUAAUUCUUAAGUCUACGCCGUUCGUGGGCUUCUGAGCUGACAUAUGGAAUUGUUUUAAGAAGGUCAUUUACUACUCCAGCCCAUAGAAACGCAUUGAAUUACGCAUUCAUAAAUGGCAAAAAAUACACUAUUUUUUUAUAAUAAGGAAUAAGGUUUUGAAGUGUCUGGCCUUUAUCUAGUUUUAUUUACUCAAUUGGCACAAAACUACCUCCAUACUUCCAUUAAUUUGUAUGGGUUACAUUUAGACGAGUCCAGUGACACGUGUGAGGGUUGUAGAGCCAAAUGGAGAACACCAUCAUGUUUGUUAGUCUCCCCUUUCUACAGUGGGGUCAUAUUAGUUUGUAGGCCAAACGGUUUGGACACUACAGACAAACGUUGGUACGUCAGCGUUAUUGACUUCAGACAAGUCCAGAGACAAACUGUUCGGAUGCUACAGACGUUUUCGUGAGAAGACCGAUUUUCGGGAUGUCUCCUGGUCUGACAAACAGCGCUGUAGCUCUGCCACUUUCCACCUCAGAUGUGGAAAGGUGACAUAGACGAUGGAUUGUGAUGGGGAUGCACCGGUGCAUCAAUAGACUAAACUUUGCAAAUAAUGAAAUAGUUAAUUAUAAUUUAUACUUAUUUAUAAUUUUCAACUUUAUUCAUGAAAGUUGUUAUAAAUUGUUACUCAAAAUUCAACUCAACUGUCAAGGCUAGACACCGAGCUAACCUCCAGCCUCUCUCUCUGUCCUCCCCAGCUCACCACUCUCCGAGGGGCCAUCCUGGAGGAUGCCGUGCCCUCCACUGCCAAGCAUGGCAUGGCCAGGGGCCUACCGCUGAAGGAGGUGCUGGAGUAUGUGGUCCCAGAGCUGAACAUCCAGUGUCUCAGGCUGGCCACCAGCUCACCCAAGGUCCCUGAGCAGCUCCUCAAGCUGGACCAACAGGGGGUGAGUGAUCAUAGACAUACAGUCGCUAGUGAAAGUUUCCACACCCCUUGCUGUCUUCACAUUUUGCUGGCUUAUAAUUGAAUCUAAAAGGUAAUAAACCUACUCCACAUUUUCAAAAUUAAAAUAUUUAUUUUCACCGGUUGUGUGUGUGUGUGUGUGUGUGUAUAUAUGUAUAUAUAUAUGUAUAUAUAUAUAUAUAUAUAUAUAUAUAUAUAUAUAUAUAUAUAUAUAUAUAUAUAUAUAUAUAUAUAUAUAUAUAUAUAUAUAUAUAUAUACAUAUAUAUAUAUACAUACAUACAUACAGUGGGGAGAACAAGUAUUUGAUACACUGCCGAUUUUGCAGGUUUUCCUAAUUACAAAGCAUGUAGAGGUCUGUCAUUUUUAUCAUAUGUACACUUCAACUGUGAGAGACGGAAUCUAAAACAAAAAUCCAGAAAAUCACAUUGUAUGAUUUUUAAGUAAUUCAUUUGCAUUUUAUUGCAUGCCAUAAGUAUUUGAUACAUCAGAAAAGCAGAACUUAAUAUUUGGUAGAGAAACCUUUGUUUGCAAUUAUAGAGAUCAUACGUUUCCUGUAGGUCUUGACCAGGUUUGCACACACUGCAGCAGGGAUUUUGGCCCACUCCUCCAUACAGACCUUCUCCAGAUCCUUCAGGUUUCGGGGCUGUCGCUGGGCAAUACAGACUUUCAGCUCCCUCCAAAGAUUUUCUAUUGUGUUCAGGUCUGGAGACUGGCUAGGCCACUCCAGGACCUUGAGAUGCUUCUUACGGAGCCACUCCUUAGUUGCCCUGGCUGUGUGUUUCGGGUCGUUGUCAUGCUGGAAGAACCAGCCACGACCCAUCUUCAAUGCUCUUACUGAGGGAAGGAGGUUGUUGGCCAAGAUCUCGCGAUACAUGGCCCCAUCCAUCCUCCCCUCAAUACGGUGCAGUCGUCCUGUCCCCUUUGCAGAAAAGCAUCCCCAAAGAAUGAUGUUUCCACCUCCAUGCUUCACGGUUGGGAUGGUGUUCUUGGGGUUGUACUCAUCCUUCUUCUUCCCCCAAACACGGCGAGUGGAGUUUAGACCAAAAAGCUCUAUUUUUGUCUCAUCAGACCACAUGACCUUCUCCCAUUCCUCCUCUGGAUCAUCCAGAUGGUCAUUGGCAAACUUCAGACGGGCCUGGACAUGCGCUGGCUUGAGCAGGGGGACCUUGCGUGCGCUGCAGGAUUUUAAUCCAUGACGGCGUAGUGUGUUACUAAUGGUUUUCUUUGAGACUGUGGUCCCAGCUCUCUUCAGGUCAUUGACCAGGUCCUGCCAUGUAGUUCUGGGCUGAUCCCUCACCUUCCUCAUGAUCAUUGAUGCCCCACAAGGUGAGAUCUUGCAUGGAGCCCCAGACCGAGGGUGAUUGACCGUCAUCUUGAACUUCUUCCAUUUUCUAAUAAUUGCACCAACAGUUGUUGCCUUCUCACCAAGCUGCUUGCCUAUUGUCCUGUAGCCCAUCCCAGCCUUGUGCAGGUCUACAAUUUUAUCCCUGAUGUCCUUACACAGCUAUCUGGUCUUGGCCAUUGUGGAGAGGUUGGAGUCUGUUUGAUUGAGUGUGUGGACAGGUGUCUUUUAUAAAGGUAAUGAGUUCAAAACAGGUGCAGUUAAUACAGGUAAUGAGUGGAGAACAGGAGGGCUUCUUAAAGAAAAACGAACAGGUCUGUGAGAGCCGGAAUACUUACUGGUUGGUAGGUGAUCAAAUACUUAUGUCAUGCAAUAAAAUGCAAAUUAAUUACUUAAAAAUCAUACAAUGUGAUUUUCUGGAUUUUUGUUUUAGAUUCUGUCUCUCACAGUAGAAAUGUACCUAUGAUAAAUAUUACAGAACUCUACAUGCUUUGUAAGUAGGAAAACCUGCAAAAUUGGCAGUGUAUCAAAUACUUGUUCUCCCCACUGUAUAUAUAUAUACACACGUGUGGGUGUGUGUGUGUAUAUAUAUAUAUAUAUAUAUAUAUAUAUACAUACACAUACACAUACAUACAGUGAGGGAAAAAAGUAUUUGAUCCCCUGCUGAUUUUGUACGUUUGCCCACUGACUAAGAAAUGAUCAGUCUAUAAUUUUAAUGGUAGUUUUAUUUGAACAGUGAGAGACAGAAUAACAACCAAAAAAUCCAGAAAAACGCAUGUCAAAAAUGUUAUAAAUUGAUUUGCAUUUUAAUGAGGGAAAUAAGUAUUUGACCCCCUCUCAAUCAGAAAGAUUUCUGGCUCCCAGGUGUCUUUUAUACAGGUAACGAGCUGAGAUUAGGAGCACACUCUUAAAGGGAGUGCUCCUAAUCUCAGCUUGUUACCUGUAUAAAAGACACCUGUCCACAGAAGCAAUCAAUCAAUCAGAUUCCAAACUCUCCACCAUGGCCAAGACCAAAGAACUCUCCAAUGAUGUCAGGGACAAGAUUGUAGACCUACACAAGGCUGGAAUGGGCUACAAGACCAUCGCCAAGCAGCUUUGUGAGAAGGUGACAACAGUUGGUGCGAUUAUUCGCAAAUGGAAGAAACACAAAAUAACUGUCAAUCUCCCUCGGCCUGGGGCUACAUGCAAGAUCUCAACUCGUGGAGUUGCAAUGAUCAUGAGAACGGUGAGGAAUCAGCCCAGAACUACACGGGAGGAUCUUGUCAAUGAUCUCAAGACAGCUGGGACCAUAGUCACCAAGAAAACUAUUGGUAACACACUACGCCGUGAAGGACUGAAAUCCUGCAGUGCCUGCAAGGUCCCCCUGCUCAAGGUCCCCCUGCUGAAGUUUGCCAAUGAACAUCUGAAUGAUUCAGAGGAGAACUGGGUGAAAGUGUUGUGGUCAGAUGAGACCAAAAUCGAGCUCUUUGGCAUCAACUCAACUCGCCGUGUUUGGAGGAGGAGGAAUGCUGCCUAUGACCCCAAGAACACCAUCCCCACCGUCAAACAUGGAGGUGGAAACAUUUUGCUUAGGGGGUGUUUUUCUGCUAAGGUGACAGGACAACUUCACCGCAUCAAAGGGACGAUGGACGGGGCCAUGUACCGUCAAAUAAUAAUAAUAUAAUAAUAUAAUAAUAUGCCAUUUAUCAGACGCUUUUAUCCGAAGCGACUUACAGUCAUGCGUGCAUACAUUUUUACUUAUGGGUGGUCGCGGGGAUCAAACCCACUACCCUGGCGUUACAAGCGCCGUGCUCUACCAAUUGAGCUACAGAGGACCACCAAAUCUUGGGUGAGAACCUCCUUCCCUCAGCCAGGGCAUUGAAAAUGGGUCAUGGAUGGGUAUUCCAGCAUGACAAUGACCCAAAACACAUGGCCAAGGCAACAAAGGAGUGGCUCAAGAAGAAGCACAUUAAGGUCCUGGAGUGGCCUAGCCAGUCUCCAGACCUUAAUCCCAUAGAAAAUCUGUGGAGGGAGCUGAAGGUUCGAGUUGCCAACCGUCAGGCUUGAAACCUUAAUGACUUGGAGAAGAUCUGCAAAGAGGAGUGGGACAAAAUCCCUCCUGAGAUGUGUGCAAACCUGGUGGCCAACUACAAGAAACAUCUGACCUCUGUGAUUGCCAACAAGGGGUUUGCCACCAAGUACUAAGUCAUGUUUUGCAGAGGGGUCAAAUACUUAUUUCCCUCAUUAAAAUGCAAAUCAAUUUAUAACAUUUUUGACAUUUAUUUUUCUUGAUUUUUUUGUUGUUAUUCUGUCUCUCACUGUUCAAAUAAACCUACCAUUACAUUUAUAGACUGAUCAUGUCUUUGUCAGUGGGCAAACGUACAAAAUCAGCAGGGGAUCAAAUACUUUUUUCCCUCACUGUAUAUAUACUGCUCAAAAAAAUAAAGGGAACACUUAAACAACACAAUGUAACUCCAAGUCAAUCACACUUCUGUGAAAUCAAACUGUCCACUUAGGAAGCAACACUGAUUGACAAUAAAUUUCACAUGCUGUUUUGCAAAUGGAAUAGACAACAGGUGGA